AUGGGUAAUAAUAUAUCAAGUACAACAACUUCUAUAGCAACAGCUGGCAUAGACAGUUAUGUUAGCGAACUUGGUGACAUUCAAUAUGAAAAAAGUUUGGGCAGUGCUCGUUUUAUGAAAACUAUUUGUGGUCGCCACAAAGAAGGUCCCGUUGUAGUCAAGAUAUUUAUUAAACCUGAACCUAGCCUAUCUUUGUCAAACGUUGUUAAAACACUUAAAGAGGAGAGAGAAGCAUUAUCUGAGAUUCCAAAUGCAUUCCCUUAUCAAAGAAUAAUUGAGACAGAAAAGGCUGGAUAUCUUAUCAGACAACAUUUUUUUAACAGUCUCUAUGAUCGUAUUAGUACUCGGCCGUUUUUGAAUUUAAUUGAAAAGAAAUGGAUAACAUAUCAAAUAUUAUGUGGCAUACAUGAUGCCCAUACAAAAGGAAUUUAUCAUGGUGAUAUAAAAACAGAAAAUAUCUUGGUCACAUCAUGGAAUUGGGUUUAUUUGGUUGAUUUUGCAGGGUAUAAACCCACAUAUCUUCCUGAGGACAAUCCAGCUGAUUUUUCCUUUUUUUUUGAUACUUCUUCAAGAAGAACUUGUUAUUUGGCUCCAGAAAGAUUUUAUAAACCCGGCAGUGAAAUAGAUCGUAAAAAGAGUGAUCUUGAAUUUGGGGAAAAAGACGAUGCACUUACUCCUGCUAUGGAUAUUUUUUCUUUAGGAUGUGUUAUAGCGGAGCUCUUUUUGGAGGGUACAACAAUUUUUUCACUUUCUCAAUUAUUUAAAUAUAGAUCUGGUGAAUAUGAUCCAGGAAUAUACAUAGAAAAAAUCGAGGAUCCAGAUAUAAAAGCAAUUAUAAAACAUAUGAUUAAUGUUGAUCCUUCACAAAGAUAUUCUGCCGAGCAAUACCUUCAAGAAUGGCGUGGCAAAGCAUUUCCACAGUAUUUUUACACUUUUCUUCAUCAAUAUAUUGAUGCAGAUGAUAAGAUUGAGAGAAUUUAUAACGAAUUUGAUAAAAUUGCAUUUUUCUUGGGAUUUUAUGGUGAUAAUUCUGAGAUUAUCCUAAAUCAUGGUCAUGGGGACAAGAUUGGUGAAAGCUCUCGUUUAAUUGACGGUAAGGAUAAUUCAAUAUAA